GGUAAAUCAAGGAAAUUUGAUCCAGAAUUUAGUGGCCCAAUCAAAAACAGGUUUUUACCUAAUUUCUCAUCCAUUGAUCUAUUCUUGAAUAUAUUUUAUAAACUGCAUUAUUUCUAACAUUUUUACCACUAUCUUAGGAGUUGCACAGAUAUCCCAUGUUGUAUUCUUUUCAUCGUAUAUCUUGUUGGGAUGGCGAUUGUUGGUAUAUUGGGUCAGUAGUAUAUUGAUUUUGUACCUAAUCAGGGAUAAAAAAAUCCAUUCAAGUGAUCAAGAGGUUCAGAUUCAGAGCUUUCACUACCACUAUAACCUCUCACAGUCCCACCAAUGUAGCUUAGUAUGCACCUGAAAUAAAAGUCUAAGCCAAUCAAAUGCAUUGUGUACAAAUGGUUUGUGAAUAUGAUUAUGAACUUUGCAACGAAGUUUGCAACAUUUAGGGAAAAGUUAUGUGAAAUCAACUGUAAUGGUCUCUUAAUGGUAGUGAUAGUGGAAUCUAAUCUGAACCUCUAGUAUGAACUGGUUGACUGACCAAAAGGGGUACACCCUCUGAUUACUGUCACCCUCUCAACCCUGAGGGGUGUGACCCGCCCCCAAACCAGGUGAGCCUAGAUAUUAUUUCCCUCAACAAACCAUUGAUAGAAUUUUACUGGCUGGACAUGCAACCCUAUGGCCGAAACCACCCAAGAAUGUAUCUCCAUCAAUUCCUUUAUAUACUGAAAUAUUAGAUGGGCUGUGAUAUAACCCAUGCCCCAACCCAAGAAACAUCUGCACCCUCUAUCAACUGAGACUCCCUUGUCUUUAACUACUCUUACCAGUGCCAAGUGAACUUAUAUUGUAUUUUAGCCUUCAUGUGGGGCAAUCCAGACCGUCUAAUCAACCCAGUUAAUUCUGAAGGUAUUGUAAGAUGUGUUUUUCAUCAUUGCUACUUUUAGCUCGCUUUGCAUAUUAAUACUGACAGUGCAUUUUCUGGUACAGUUAUUCACCUAGCUUAAGAAUUCUGGACAAUGUCCUUUACUUUAUUGGUAAAAAUAAAGAAUUUGAAAUAUCUCAAGAUACACAAGUAUGUACAAAUGUACGAGCUAGCUGUUUUAAACUUAAUGUUACAAGCUAGAACAUGUUAUAGUUUCAUUUAAAAGAUGUUCUUUUUGAAGAAAAGUUUAACCCUUUAAGUGGCAAUGCGCCCUGAUGUGCCAUAGUUUAUUAUUUUACUUGUCAAGGGGAGAGCGCUGCUACUUGAUGGGUAAACUUAAUGUUGUAAGCCACAGCAUGUUAAACUUUCAUUUAAAAGAAGUUUUUUUGGAAAACAAGUUUGACAGAUUUUUCAAACAAACCAGUGUGUCUAGUAAUUAUAACACAUCGACUACUACAAGCGCACAUACAAACUGAUCAACGCUUUUUCAAAACUUUUUCUAUAGGCAAGACAUGUGGCACAGGAGAUUAUGCGUAAGUAUAACAGAAUUAAAAUUACAACUGUAGCAUUUCUAAUGUAUGAUUACAUUCAUAGAUGGUGCAACAUUGUAAUUUGUAAAACGUACUAUAUGACCGGUUCAAACCUUUUGUUAAGGCCACAUAAAAAUAACUUAUCUAGCGUCCUCGCGCGGCCUCAGCCCUCAGGAAAGCUCCUGGCCUCCAAUCACCAUUUGCAAUCGCCUCGUACGCAGACUCAAUCAAACUCAAUCUCGAUUCCAGAGUAUGCCCGUUUCGCAGAUAAGGUGUUGGGCCUGACCCUUCGGACGCCAUGUUUUAAUUUUUUCUGUUUUAAAUGCAGUAUUCAUAUUAAAAUUUGUUCUGACUGUGGUGGUGUGCUGAAUUUCCAGGAUUUUGUUUCUGAAACACCCACUAGUAGAGUUUGUAGGCAAAAUUUAAGAAAAAAACCGCCCGACCUGGAAAAAUUGAAAUGGGUGGACCGUGGACGCUAAACAAGUAAUUUUUUAUGUGGCCUAAUAUACUGUACAGUACCUACUCGCUUAGAAUCUUUUCAACACGCGCGAAAUUGCAAGUCGGAAUGUCAGAUAAAAAUAAUAAAUUACGGUUUAUUAUUUGUUUAAACGAUAAAACUGUCCAAUUUCCACUGAAGCACGUGUAAUAGUGAAUACUUGUCUAGACUCGGCCACACUUCGCCCACGGUGAAGCACACACCGGCAAAAGAGAGCAAGAUCCAUAACGGCGUGGGCCCUUACCCUCGUCCUGAUCUUCGCAUCACUCAGUCACUUCACCACGGGGAAGCCCGGCUCGGACAUGAGAUUCAAUGUCCAUAACGGUGAGGGCCCUUACUCUCACCCUGAUGUUGUUUCUCCAGCUUUUCUGGGGGCCCUUACCCCCAAGAAACCGCACUUUCCGUCACCCAAUUUGGCCACAAAGGAUUUGCGUGAUUUAUUAAAUUACGGUUUAUUAUUGAUUUAAACGAUAAAACUGUCCAAUUUCCACUGAAGCACGUGUAAUAGUGAAUACUUGCCGCGAUCUCAACGAAUGAUAUUCAUAUGGCAGCCUACUCACUUAUUGUAUUUGGUAGAUAAUCGCAAAUUUGACGAUGACUCAUGCAGCAAACACGUACAUUAGUCACACCAACGCAUUUUCAUGAAGCAUAAAAGCUCAUUAAAAAUUAAUUACCAGAAACAGGAGAUUAACGUGGCACUGUCAUUAAAAUUUUUAUAGUCUCAAACGAAAAAACUCCUAAAACUGUAAAGUAACUUCUUUUGAAAAAAUUGGUUCCCACGGUAUUGGUUUGUUCUUGAGAUAUUUCAUUUCAUUAUAUAUGUAAUUGAGCAAAUGACGUCACAUGGUUACAAACAAAAUGAAAUAUAUAAUAGUUUUGUUUGUGGAAACACCACGUAAAUUUUCCACAAACAAAACGAUUAUUAUAUGUUUUAUCGCCAUGCAAACAUACAAAGAACUUAAAAUGAAAUAUCUCAAGAAGUAAGCAUGGGAACAAAAAUCUUCAAAAGAAGUUAUAAAAAUUUUGAUGACAGUGCCACUUUAACGAUACUGACAGUAAACAUAAUGGUUUACGGUAGACAAAAGUUAAAAUAUAACUGUUUUAACUUCCAUAUUUGCGAUAUAUCGCCGUAGCCUACCCCAAAGAACAAUCAGAAUGCAAAAUAAACGAAAUGAUUUAGAGUUUGUGCAUGUCAAAUCUUCCCCAGAAUGCAGGAAAUGCCAUAUUUUAGAAACUCUAGAUUCAGAACCAAACAAAUCUUUUGUUCCGGCUAUGUUUUGAUCCCAUAGAUAACUAACCUUAUGCAUAAUGACGCCACAAGGCUUGAUGCCCGCGAGGAAUUCUGGUCUUAGUAGUCAUCGCCCGGGAAAAUUUCGACAGUGGCCAUUUUGAAUUGUUUAAUUCCUCGCGGGCAUUAAGCCUUGUGACGUCAUUAUGCCUAAGGUCUAUUCUUUAUUUUUCUAGAAAUAAACCCAAGUUGUUGUUCUUUGAUUUGACUGAAUGUGCUCCAUCUGACUUAACAAAAGCUGCAUCUGCAUUCACGAGCUUAGAUUACGUCUGCCCUACCACACAGGUACCAAACACAUUAUUCAAAAUUUAUACUGUCUGUUUUUUAAUACAUAUUCGCCAUUCCAAAAUUGAUGAGAGGACUGAGGAAGUGUGUUAAAAAGUGCCCAAAUUAAGAAAUAAACCAAAUCGCUAAAAAGACCACCUCAAAAUUAGUAAGUAUACAAAUUGAAGACGAGUUUACAUGAAUAACCUUCGAAUGAUAAGCUUUCGAAAAUCGCGAUAUUUACUAUGAAAUGUACUGUCAUUUUUGUUUUGGGGGACGCGCGUCCCAAAACCAGUCUUUAAUCAGUAAUUUCACAAUUUUCGAAAGCUUAUUAUUCGAAGGGUAUUCAUGUAAACGUCUUCAAACUUUGUAUACUUACUAAUUUUGAGGUGGUCUUUUUAGUGAUUUUGUUCAUUUCUUAAUUUGGGCACUUUUUAACACUCGUCCCCAGUCCACUCAUCAACUUCGGAAUGGCUAAUAGCCUAAUACAGCUAAUUGAAUUAAGGAUGUCCCAAGAAAACCGCUAAACUUUGAUCGUUAAGCGCGAAAAGCAUUAUUAUUAUGAGAUUGUUUAUGCAUACAUGUUAGCACAUUUUUGCUAAUCAAAUGAAUUUAAUUCGCAAAGGAGUCAAGCACAUCACACAAACAACUUUCUUUAACAUUAUAAAAAGUUUUAAAAUCCAAUGAAUUCUGCCUAUUGAAUUGGCGAAUACGGCUUGUACAGUAUGUGGAACGUAGCAAUUGCGUAACUACAAGUGUUCGGACUAUCAAUCACAUACUAUAUGCAUGUCCAUCGUGUUUUACGUGCUUAGAGGUAGAAGUUUGGGGGUUUGAGUUUUGACUUUGAAAGGACAACCUUAAUUGAAUUCGCUGUAUACAUAUAUUAUACUGUACAUACAUAUAGCGAUUACAUCUAUAACAGUACGCUUACUUAAAGACUAUUUAUCCUUAUAACAAUGGACCUAUAUUACCUAAUGAACAAAAUUUUGAUCUCAACAAGUCUAGAAAAAAUUUCAUUACAGCUUGAAAGAGCAUCACAAAAUUAGUAAUAUUCCGAAGUUUCGUUGCGAAAUGUUGUAAAAUGCGGAUAAUAUAGCCCUGCAAAGUUUGCCGUUUUUCAGUCAUUUUGUAUUACGCGCGGGAAAUUGAUACCUUUUUUCGGAAUAUUACUACAGGUAAUUUUGUGAUGCUCUUUCAAGCUGUGGUGAAAUUUUUGUCUAGACUUGUUGAGAUCAAAAUUUUGGUUAUUAGGUAAUAGGUUGAUUGUGAUAUUAUUUUCCUAAAUCUGCUUAUUCUAGCGAGAAUCGAACCCACAACCUCAAGGGUAAAAGGCGCUAAUGGACAACUUGCAUGUUAGACUAAAUUUUAAUCUAAGUAAAGAGAAGGAAAUAAAACACAAACAGUUAAAAAGAACAUAAUGAAAUUAGUAAAAUUGCAAAAUUUGGUUGCGAAAUGUUGUAAAAUACAGAAAAUAUACCCUUGCGGAAGUUUGCAUAUUUUCAGUAUAUUUGUAUUACGUGCGGAAAUUGUUACCAUUUUCGGCUCAAAAAUGGUAACAAUUUCCGCACGUAAUAUAAAUAUACUGAAAAUAUGCAAACUUCGCAAGGCUAUAUUUUCUGUAUUUUACAACAUUUCGCAACUAAAUUUUGCAAUUUUACUAAUUUUAAUAAGUUUUUACGGGAAUUUACUUUUUUUGCCUAAAUCAAAAAUUAGUCUAACAUGCAAGUUGUCUAUUGCUCUGACGAUCCCGCCACCGAAGCCCUUUGUUUCUCACCAUGCAGACAUACUAACGUAUCUGAUCUUUUGAAUUUGUUAUUUACAUUUUGCUCUUUAGGUGUGUGUAGAGAAAUGUCCAACCAAAAAUGAGUUUGGAGCUGACGUACCCUGUAACAAAAUGGCAUGUAAAUCUGGUACUGUUGAUCCUUGCAGUCUCAACGAUAGUAGUGUAAGUAACGAAAAUAAUUGUUAGAGGGAGCUGUUAAGUUGUUAGUAUUGCACCCUCAGCAGCUAAAACCUGGCAAAAAUUAUCAUGGACCGCGCAUGUGCGCAAAUAGAAAUGGCCCAGUGAAAUUAAUAUAAAUGGAACUACCUCCAACCGGAAAUUUGAAGCCAACUUGAAGGCCAGUCCCAGUCUUUUCACGCAUGCGAAGAGCGCUCAAUCAGUCAAUCAUGAUGUAAACACGCGUGUCUGGGGGUCAGAUUUGGCUUCAAGAAAAAGAUACAGUAGGCAGUUCAUCUGAAGGUACUGUAGCGUUCCAGUUCCGACUCCCCCUGCACUGCAGCCCCCCUACCACGCCCCCCCCCCCCGUUUAAUGUUGAAAGUUUAGAAAUUGGUUAGAGAAUGUCACAACCAACACUGGGGGUGGGGGGGGGGGGAUGCAAAGAUGCCCAUACGAGUGUACAUGAAUUUCUUCCAUAUGGUUGUGUAGUAGCUGUGAUAUACUGUAGCUAUAAUUGUUUCUAAAUUUAUUGUAACUGUCUUAGAAAAAUUAGUGGCAUUCUGUAUUUAAUGAAGUUUAUUUCUCUUAUUUUAUAGUCAAGAGAAAAGCUGGUGAAAGAUGGCAAGUGUGCACCCUACUACCUGGAGAGCGAGGAUAGUAAGUGUAUUUCGCACAAGGCAUGUUUUUGGUGGAAAAAGUGGGGGAGGUGGAACUAAAAAAUUUAAGGGAGGUGCAGCAGUCUAGCUUACGACCCCAUGGAAAGUUAGGGCUUAGAACGGGCCAGAGUCAACGACGUUACGUAUGCAUGUAAUGUACAUAUAUGUAUCAGUGUAUUGAUGAAUUAUGACUGUACAACGCAUCCAAUUUUGCCCUUCAUUACAAUUACCACAAAGUUUCUUUCAAAACGUUGCAUUAAAAGGGUACUUGACACAGAGAUGAACGGCCAUCACUGUUUCAAUUUGACAGAAAAACUUUCUUACGAAGUGUAGACACUAAGCAACCAAAAAAUGUUAAAUUUUCACUUUGAUCUAUCGUUGAAACUUUCCCAAGGGGAGAUGCAUGACUUUUCAGGGGAGGUGCAAAAUUUUCAGGGGAGGUGGAAAACGAUCUCAGGGGAGGUGCACACCUUCCCUCAAAAUCCGGCCAUGAUUUUGUAAGAUGGUUACAGACGAAGGCGGUCAAAAAAUAUAUAAAUUUUGCCAGCCACAAGAAAGCUUUUGUCGAUUUUAGAUUUUUAGAAAUAUUUUAGCUGUCCAGUUAGUAUAGGUAAUCAUGCGAUGUUGCUCGUACAAUUAGGGAUUAAUAGUACUCGUGAUGUUUGGAAAUUUUGCCGAAAUUGGACGAGCAGCCGGGGUGAGUCCAAUUUGGCAAAUUUCCAAACAUCACGAGUACUAUUAAUCCCUAAUUGUACGAGCAACAUCGCAUGAUUACUUGUUUAUUAUUAGCAUAUGACAAAAUUGGAUACUUCUCAAUGUCAACAUCAUAUUCUCUCGCCAAUGCCCAGUCCUGCCAGACUUUCAACCAAAAUUUGGUACUUUUGUUCGUAUUUUCAUUUAGUUCUUUUGUUAAAGCAAAAUUUGGUGCUUUUGUUCGUAUUUUCAUCUAGUCCCUCAAGGGCAAUUUCAUUUCACAUUUAAUUGUGUUCAAAAUACCUUUCCGCCAUUUUGUUUGUUUUGGGAAAAUCAUUAAUUGUACUGCAGUACAAUUAAUGAAAUAAUUGUACUCCUCUCAACCAAUCAGCAUCCAGUAAUUUUGUCAUGCUAAUAAUAAACAUUGUUAAAAUUACGUUUCCUUCUUUUUAUUAGUCUUACAUCGCUGCAUUCCAACAGUAUUCGGUAGCUCAAUUAAAGAAAUCGUGAAUGACAAGAAUGAACCGAUCACAAAUAAUAACAAAAACAUAACGAAAGAUGGUCUUGAGAAAGGAUCAAAGUAUGUUUAAAUAUCAACAUUUGGGAUGCUUGUGAUGUUACUCUGAGUGUAUAUCCACACCGGGCAGGCUUGAAAAAUAUGCCUGGCCACGGUGGGAUAUUUUUCAAGCCUGCCCGGUGUGGAUAUACACUCAGAGUAACAUCACAAGCAUCUUAUUCACCUGAGUACACUACACGAACACAACAAUUAUCAACAUUUGGGAUCUUGUUCGAUGGGGAUGGGAGUGCAUAUUUAUACUGCAUGGAUGGUUUUAUCAGUUAUUUCCGUUCUCUAUAGGGUUGUUCAAGCUUUAAUUGACCUGCAAAAUGUUGGUCUGAAGGUCAGUGCUCUAAAAAUAAAUGCUACCUUUUAUGUUGUUUAACCCACUGGCUCUCCCUUUGACAAGUAAAAUCGUCUUGCGUUAGACAGAGUAAUAUAAUAAAGUAGGGCGCAUGUCACACGUUCAUUGACUCACAAAUUCUCAGAAUUUACUUGAACGUACUUUAGGUUCUAGAAGAUGUCGGUAACUCGUGGUGGCUGAUAUUAGCGUAAGUAUAUCGUUUACGUCGAGAAUGUUUUUUCUUACGAAAAUGAUUUUCAAUAUUAAGCUACGUUUACACGCUGCGAUUAAUCGUGUACGAUUCGUUUUCUGGCGUAUGUCAUUCAGUAAACACCGCGUAAGCUGGCGACAUUUGAAAUUUCUUUUUAACGAAACGGCAAUGAAUUAUGGCGCCAGCACUCAUUUUAAUACGCCAGAAUACGAAUCGUACACGACAAAUCGUAGCGUGUAAACGUAGCUUUAAUUAACCCCUCAUUUCUUUAUUCUAGUGGCUUCGGCAUUGCAUUGGUGGCUUCGUUUCUGUACAUCGUUGUUAUGAGGUGAGUUUGCGAGAGUGCACGAUGUCAAAAUAACUAAGUGAAUUACUGUAUAGGCUACUUUAUAAUAAGGACUUGAGGAUAGCUGACUACAGUCCACAGAGUAUGGUUAAAUAUUAGCGCAUGGGCUGGAUCGAGUACUGUUCGACACGAAAAGUUUUCCAGUCCUUGUAGUACCAAACUUGAAAAGUCAACCAAAAAAUUUGGUGAAAAUCUUGACCAUAGUCCGCACUGCGGAAAACAACUUUUCUGCUCAUGCACCAUCACAGUUUGGCCUACGGUGAAUUCAAAGCAGUCAUGUGACUCGACCCAGGUUUCCAGCCAGCUCCAAUCUGUAUAGUCUGUAGUCUGCCAGCUUAUAUUCCUCAAUAAUCAGAGGUUACUGCAAGAGAUCAUUUUGAUGUCUUGCAGAUGGAUUGCAGGACUGAUGGUUUGGUUGACAACUUAUGCUGUGUUGACGUUGCUUGGAUAUGGUGAGCUGAUUCAUUAUUUUAUGUUGGUUGCAAUAGACAAUUCCCAUCAUAGACUAAUUUUAAAACUAAGCAAGGAGAUUCAAAUAAAUCACCACAGCUAGAAAGAGCAUACUACAAUUAGUAAAAUUGCAAAGUUUGGUUGCGAAAUGUUGUAAAAUGCAGAAAAUAUAGCCUUGCAAAGUUUGCAAAUUUUGUGGUGCGAGAGUUGUUGAAACUCCCACGCAAACUCUCGCUUGCCUACUCUCAACUCUCGUUUGAUCAGCGCUUUACUGCGGGAGAAAACGUACAAAACGUGCAAUGUUUGGUACAAGUGCACGCACUCUUCUCACAUGCUAAUGAGGCGGAAGUAUGAUCAGACAACUGCGUAUUGCAGGAAUCAAAUCUUUGUCACAGAGAUGAAAGACAUAUCUAGUAAUCGCCGAACCUCCAACACUUAACCCAAACAAGUAAUUCUGACUCGUGUUUGUUUAGGCGUGUAUUACUGUUACACCAAGUAUAAGGAAUUGGAUGAUGCAGGCGAAUCGUCAGAUUUUGUUUUCACAGCUGACCUCUCUGUCUAUAAAGACUCCAAGAAAACAUGGCUUGCUUUCAGUAAGUUUGCCUUGUUUCAGAGCUACUGUGUACACACGUAAAAACGCACAAGUUGUAACAAAGCUGCAGCAGACCUGUAGCAUUGCUGUUCCAACAACUUGUCAACAGGAUGUGCUCGCACAGCUUGUCAACAAGUUGUCAACGGCUUGUUGAUAACUUGCUACAAUGUUGUUGAUCCAACAGCCUUGUUACAAGUUGUUCCAAUAACUUGUUAUCGUCCUGCAAUACAACAACUUGUCAACAACUUGUCAACAAGUUGUGAGUGACAACCUUGUAGCAACUUGAUAAAAUAACAACAUUGUUACAACUUGUUGACAAGCUUGCUACAAGCCUGUUGCGAACACAUCUUGUUGACAAGUUGCGAGAUUUUUACGUGUGUAAUGGACCAUUUGCAUUAUAGACUAAAUUUUGAUCUAAACAAGUCAAGACACAAAUUUCAUCACAGCUUGAAAGAGCAUCAUAAAAUUAGUAAUAUUGCAAAGUUGCGAAAUGUUGUAAAAUGCGGAUAAUAUAGCCUUGCGAAGUUUGCAAUUUUCAGUCAUUUUAGAUUACAAACGGGAAAUUGAUGCCCCAACACCCGAUUGGGCUGUCAAUAUUCCGUCCGUAAUACAAAAUGACUGAAAAACGGCAAACUUCGCAAGGCUAUAGUAUCCGCAUUUUACAACAUUUCGCAACGAAACUUUGGAAUAUUACUAAUUUUGUGAUGCUCUUUGAAGCUGUGAUGAAAUUUUUGUCUAGAUCAAAAUUUAGUCUAUAAUGCAAAUGGUCCAUUGUACCUGUAUAAUCGUACCAUAAAUGCUGGCCCAAUACAUUAUACCAUUAUAAUAUUAUUCUGACAAUCUUUCAGCUAUAAUCCUUGGUGUAUUUUUGCUCAUACUUAUCCUUCUACUCCUUGCGUUGCGAAAGCGAAUUCAGAUUGCUGUAGCAUUGAUUAAAGAAGGAAGUAGGUACGUACACGCAAAGUUGUAAAUAUGAAAAAACCUUAACGUAGUGUUUUAAAUCAUUUAAGGCAGUUCAGACAUAACCUACGGUAGGUUAUUGUAGGAUACUAUACCUACACUGGCCCCCAUGUUUGAGAUAUAUUUUUCAGGUAGUUCAGACACAAACUACGGCAGCUUAUUGUAGAAUACUACCUACAGUGUACACUGGACCGCCACGUUUGAGAUAUCUUUUUCAGGCAGUUCAGACGCAAACCACGGUAGGUUAUUGUAGGAUACUACCUACACUGGCCCCCAUGUUUGAGAUCUAUUUUUCAGGUAGUUCAGACACAAACUACGGCAGCUUAUUGUAGAUUACUACAGUACCUACACUGGCCCCCAUGUUUGAGAUAUCUUUUUCAGGUAGUUCAGUCACAAACCACGACAGCUUAUAUAUUGUAGAAUACUACCUAGCAAUUAAACCCCAGUCAUUAGCUUGUACUGUACUGUACUGUACUGUACUGUACUGUACUGUACUGUACUGUACUGUACUGUACUGUACUGUACUGUACUGUACUGUACUGUACUGUACUGUACUGUACUGUACUGUACAUAUACUAUAUGUUCAUGAAUUGUUUCAUUGCAGAGCCAUUUCGUCCAUGUUGUUUACGUUGCUGUUUCCAAUCAUACCUUGGUUACUCCAGCUCAUCGUCUUUACCUGGUUCGUCGCUGUUGGUGUGUAUCCUUUUGCAGGAAAACAACAUUUCUCUUCACAGUGAUGUAAUUAAAUUCUGGCAGAGGAAAUAGGAAAGGUUGUCCACGGAAAGUCCUUGAAUUUGAAAAGAAUAAAUCCAGGCCUGGAAACUCCCUGAAAAUUAGUACCGGUCCUUUAAAGUCGUGGAAUUUCUUUCCAGCUAUAUUGAUAAUGUUUGAACGUUAUUUAGACUAUUGAUUUUGAAUAUGAAUGGUAUUGUUUCAAAAAGCAAAAUCGGUGCUCAAAGAUUUUUCCACCUUUAUAUAAGUUCUUGAAUUUACUGGGAAAAUGUUCUGGAAAGUCCAGGAAAAGUGUAUUUUAUCGGUGAAAACCCUCAACAUUUCUCUUAUUGUCCGUAUAUACUUUCGUUUUCGGAUAUACCAACCUUUAUCUAGUCAGGUAUUAACUUGUUAGUAUGUUACCUGUCCUUAACUAGUUUGUUUUCAGUUAUCUUGUUACCACAGGAGAUCCAGAGUUUCAGCUUAAGAAGAACGAGUCGGCUGUUACCGAUACGCUGUGCAAAUAUCAGGUAUGUUGUUACGUUUUCGAUCAUUCAUGAUAUGAAAUACUGUAUGGUAACUGUAAACUUUUGAGUAGCCGCUGUUCAGAAUGGAAGGUUGAAAUUGUCGGAUUUAUGUAAGAAACUUCUCUUGCGGGGAAACGAAUUCUGUAAAGGAGCGUCUAUUUGCCCGCGUCAUUUAGAACCCUGAUUAAUUGGGGAAAUUUUGUUGGGAAAUUUUCCAACUGAACUGGCUAAGAUGCUCUGUAAAUCUCUCUGGAACGGAUUAAGAAGAGUUAAAGGACGAAGAGCGAUCGCAUCGACGCACUUCUCAAAAUUCAAGUUCUGAAGUUUCUGUUUCUUCACGAUGGCUGUACCAAAAGCGAAGUCCCAAAUCACUGCACAGAUUAUCUAGAUCCAGUAAGGGUUGCCUAUUAUUAGGACCUCUACGUACAACACGUAAAUCUUGUGUUCACAAAUCAAUUUUAUUUCUUUUUAAAGGAUCAAAACGAGACAUGUGUGUUCGUGAAAUUUUCUGGUGAAGUGUAAGUGAUUUGGCUUAUUAUAUUUCUUCUUUGUUAAUAAAGCACAACAGGAUUUUUUUAAUAAAAUAUCUUCCUGGGAAAUUUUCUCAUUUCCAACAGAAAAUGUUCUGACAUCUUUGUAUUGAAAUACAAUUUGCUUGUUUUAAAAUUCCAAAAUGUUUUGGUGGUAGUACACAGCACACUAUCUGAAUUUUUUUUACACAGGAAUUUUUUUUUGAUUUUACUGCCAAGAAGAAACAUUUUUCUGGUCCUGCUUAGUGGGCAUUAGACUGUACUUUCUAACAAAUUUAUAAACGCUUUUGUUUAGGACAAUUUUCCGUCUUCAAGUCUACCAUUUGUUUGGUUGGUUUUGGCUGUUGAAUUUUGUGAUAGCGUUGGGACAGUGUGUCUUGGCUGGAUCGUUUGCUUCGUAUUACUGGGCCUGGGACAAAAAGACUGUAAGAUGAUUUGAACUUUUUAUGAUUAUACAUUACUUUAUAUACACUAAGAAACUAGUGAAAACACUUUGAAACUUUUAUACAAAUAAAUCAGCUAAUAGACCUUUCCCCUUAUGAGUGACAUUUUGAUCUAGACAAGUCUGGACAAAAAUUUCAUCACAUCUUGAAAGAGCAUCACAAAAUUAGUAAUAUUCCGAAGUUUCGUUGCGAAAUGUUGUAAAAUGCGGAAAAUAUAGCCUUGCGAAGUUUGCCGUUUUUCAGUCAUUUUGUAUUACAAAUGGGAAAUUGAUAAUCAGAUGAUCAAACUGAUUACCAAUUUCCCAUUUGUAAUGCAAAAUGACUGAAAAACGGCAAACUUCGCAAGGCUAUAUUAUCCGCAACGAAACUUUGGAAUAUUGCUAAUUUUGUGAUGCUCUUUCAAGCUGUGAUGAAAUUUUUGUCCAGGCUUGUCUAGAUCAAAAUUUCACUCAUAAGGGGAAAGGUCUAUUGAUAAUUUAAUUUUGUAUAUCCACUCCACUAUUAGAUUCGUGAUCCACUCUUGUUUGUGUUUUGUGUAGGACAUACCGACAUUCCCGGUGAUGGCAUCUUUUAUGCGUACUUUACGGUAAGCUGCAUGUACUGUAGAAUACGUUGAUCGCACUCUAAAACACCCUGGAUAAAAAUCUGCUG